GAACUUCUCGCAGCUCAUAACUUUUUGAGGGAGCUAGGGUUUAAGGGUUUUUCUCCUUCCCCGAUCUCUGCGAGUGAGAGUUGAGCAAAAUAUGCCUCGUACGACCACACUCGAGUGCCCAGGUUGUCCUCCACUUCGAGCUCUAACCUUCGACGAGCUCGGUCUCAUCAAAGUUAUUGAAGCUCGGGGUAAACAAGGAAGGGCAGAACCAAAGUUGGUUGAGAGGUGGGGCGACCUAGAUUCGUCGAAAAGCGUGCUUGCCGCCUCUUUGGAUGACCGAAAAUCUGAUCCGCUGCUAGCUGUUGCAAGGAGAAAUGGGACGAUUGAAGUUCUUAAUCCUCUUAAUGGGGAUCUCCGUUUCUCUGUUACCAAUUCUAGUAAUGACGGGGUUCAACCUGAAGAUGACCCUGUUGCCGGAUUACAUUUGCUUGCCAAAAAGAAUUUGGAACUGGCUUCAAGGUCUUGCACUUUGCUUACAUGUACAGAAAAAGGAAAUGCAAGCAUAAGAUCCUUUGAAUUGACUAAACCAGCAUCAGAUGUUACUUCGACUGGAUCUUCAAGAACAUGGAGUGUGGGUGCUGGUGGAAAUAUCUUAUGUUCGAAAGUAGAUGGAAGUGAAAACUACUUUUUAUUUGGAGGGAAGCGUGUUGAGAUGAAUGUCUGGGAUCUUGACAGCUGUGCCAAGAUUUGGACAGCAAAACCUCCUCCUAAAAACACCCUUGGUAUCUUUACCCCAACUUGGUUUACAUCUGCCACAUUUUUAAGUAAAGAUGAUCAUCGGAAAUUUGUUGCUGGCACCAACAGUCAUGAGGUUUGUCUCUAUGACAUUUCUGCACAGCGAAGACCUGUCAUAUCAUUUGAAUUCCGAGAGACCGCUAUUAAAUCUGUAGCGGAAGAUCUAGAUGGCUAUACAAUCUAUGUAGGGAAUGGAUCUGGUGACCUAGCUUCUUUUGACAUACGCACAGGGAAAUUGUUAGGAUGCUUUUUGGGGAAGUGUUCAGGUAGCAUAAGAUCCAUAGCAAGGCACCCAGACUAUCCAGUGAUAGCAUCAUGUGGAUUGGAUAGCUAUCUACGGCUUUGGAAUGUGAAGACCCGGCAACUACUCUCUGCGGUUUACCUGAAGCAGCCUCUGUCAAACGUUCUUUUUGAUUCCAAUUUCGCCGAUGAAGAAGCAGGAGUUGUCAAUCCCCCUGCCAAUCGGCUGCUGCAUGGAGAGCAUAUUGCGGCUGAGAGGGAUGAGGAUGAAACACCACCCGUGAAAAGGAAGAAAUCCAAGGAAAAGAAAGGAAGCAAGAAGGAAGCUAAAGCAAAAGGUGGAAACAAUGAAGCUUGUGAAGAAGAUGGAGGCAAGAAAGUGAAAUCCAAAAAAAGUAGCAAAAGGUUAAAACGGGAAGAUGCUGAUGACUUAUCGUGAUCCCGACGGGGCCAAAAGGAUGGAGCAUAUGCUCAAGCAACCGGGCAGAGACCCAGGACCAAACAUGCCGAUGAGGAAAGGCAAUUGCGCCCUGACAAAUUUUUGAUAGGAAAACUUAAGCAACAUUGUAAAUUGUCUCUUUCGGAAAUCGGAUAGCUGUGCUAUUUAAUCAGAUUGGUGUUGAACUGAAAGUGAAAUCAGUAUUUGUAAUCCAACGAGCAUCCUCCCCAAACUCGUUCCAGAUU